AUUAUAUAUUUUCUCCUUUUCUGCUUCUUCUUAUUUUAUAUCACUUUAUCUUGUAUUAACAUACAUACAUCCAAGAAAGAUAUUCUCAAUCAAAUGGCCGAAACAGAGCAAGUUCAAGUGGUUGAUGAAUGGAGUACGACCAAAGACAAUUAUCCUAUCUUCACAAAGACCUGGAAGCCUGCCGGGAAACCAGUGGCACAAAUCUUGAUGAUUCAUGGUUUUGGUGAACAUAUCGCUCGUUAUGAUGAAAUGUUUACAUUCUACGCUGAGAAUGGCAUUGAAAGCUUUGGGUUUGAUCAAAGAGGCUGGGGAGAAACGGCUGCAAAGUCAAAGGAGUAUGGAAAUAACAAUGGCUAUAUGACCGCCCUGGGUGAUAUCAAUGCAAAAAUUCACAAACUCAAACGUCCUGGAGUUCCUCUCUUUUUGAUGGGCCACAGUAUGGGUGGAGGUCUGGUGCUCAACCUGUUGGUCAAACGAGAUAUCUUUGAUGGCGUGGACUUAUUGCAGGGCGUAAUUUCUUCUGCCCCGCUCGUCACAUUGACUACCCCCGUCCAUCCCAUCAAGUACAUACCUCUCUCAAUGCUGUCCAAGGUGUUUCCUAGCUUUGUUAUCAGAGCUGGCCUAGACCCCAAUGGCAUUAGUCAAGACAAGGAGCAGGUCAAGAAAUAUAUUGAAGAUCCUCUUAUCCAUGACUAUGCCACACUUGACACAUUACGUGGAUUUCUAGAGGCUGGUGAAUCCCUUUUGGUUGAAGGAAAUAAGAUUGAUGUUCCCAUCUUAUUCUCUCACGGAACAGCCGAUCCUGUUAAUGAUUAUGCUUCAACCAAAAAAGUAUAUGAGCUUGCUUCUUCAAAAGACAAGGAGAUGAAGAGCUGGGAAGGCCUUUACCAUGAAUUGCAUAAUGAGCUGGUACUCGAGCGCAAAAAUGUGAUUGAAUAUUACCUCCAUUGGAUUAAAGCAAGAAUCCCCACCCAAUAAGCUCUAAAAUAACAAUAACAAUAAAAAUAAAAAGCAAUUGACUUCCAAUCUACAAGGUUUAAUCACAAAGCUUGGGGAGCAUAGGCCUGUGACGCGAUAAACAAUGGGAAAGUCUUGUGAUUUUGUCCCCCUCCUCCCCAAAUAAAAAGCAAUAUUAUAAUGGU